UAAAGAAUGGACGUAAGUAUUUUUUUAGUGCAAUUUUUUGGCGUACUUGAUACGAGUGAAGUUUUUCGGUAGAAUAAUUAUGAAGUUUUUAGUACUGUUGAUGAUUGGACUCCUUGAUGCAACAUACGCAUCAAGAUGUAUAGGAGAAUGUAACAUACUUAGCGACGACCUAUUGGCACAUGAAGAAUGCGAUAAAUAUUGCGAGUGUACAUUGUUAGGAGAUGCAAUUGAAUAUUCCUGUGAACAUGGUUUACAUUUUUCAUUCGAAUUACAAGAUUGUGUUCAUCCAUUACUAGUCAAUUGCGGAGAUGUAUCUGAACCUUCAAUACCUACUUCUCCACCAACAAUACCUCCAUCAACAUCUCUACCAGUGACCCCAUCACCGCCAGUUGAUAACAACGGAUGCAUAGGAAAGUGUCCACUAAUAAAUUUGCCUGAUUAUACAAUUCAUUUAGCACAUAAAGAAUGUAAGAAAUUCUGCAAAUGCAAUUGGGGGCAGCCUAUCGUUAAAAAUUGUCCAGAAAAUUUACAUUUUAACAACGAAAGCAAAACUUGCGACUAUAUCUUCACAGCUAAUUGCACCGGAAUCGGUCAUAUUGAAAAUUUAUUUAAAUAGUUGUUUAUUUGUUAAGCACGUUUAAUUUAUUAUUAAUUGUUAUUAUGGAAUAAAUGUAUCUUAAGCUGGAUUAUUAUCUUGUUUUUUCCGUUUUAUUUUCA